GAGUCACUUCUUCAUCACAUUACAUUUUCUCUUAUGCGAUCCAAAAUGGUGCCACUAAUUUGUGUCACCUAAAUUAUAUUUGUGAUUAUAUAUUCUUGUGAGCUGAGCACUUUCAUUUAUGGAUGUACCCCAGUUUUAGGCGGAGGCAUGCCUCCAAUUAAAUAAUACAUAGCUAUAUUAAUUUUCUUUCAUACAAAAAAUAUGUUGGCGAUCGCGUACAUAUAUAGGUGUUACGAGAUAACUAAAGAAGUGAAUCUAAACCCUUGUCUUUGACUGAAGAAAUUUGUAAUUUAGUUUCAUAUUUGUCCCUUAUUGCUGCUUCAUCUUUUGACAGUUAUAAUUAAUAUAUGGUGGAUUGUCCCAACUGUAAACUUUAUUUCUAAUAAUAUGUGGAUACUUUAUACCCCUUAAAAAUAGUAAGGGACAACAUCAACCAACCGAUCGAGGUUCAGAAGAUUUUAAAUAUUCCUUUAUUUAAUCAUAUAUAUUCUUAAAGAAGCUAAGGCUACAUUAUUUUAAACACAUCAGCCCACCAUUCAACAUGUAGCUUGCUAAAUUCAUGACCAAUUCAACAAUAUUUUAUUUUUUGCUUCAAUUUGUCAAUAUCAUCAUUCUCCAUGGCAACCGCACACACCACCUAGACACGAUAAAGACUAUACCAUAGUAUGCUUUUGAUAUGAAGAGAGGAAGACAGAUGAGUAAGAAGUUGAAGAUUAAACACAAACAGGAACAAAAUUAAACCAAUGCAAGAAUCUGAUCAACAAAAUUAAACAAAAUGUGAUCGAUAAAAAAUAAAAUGAAAAACAAACGUAUAUGUCCCGUGUGGGUUACAGCUUUUAAUAUGUGUUUCUCUAAUGUCUAUUAUAAUGUCCCAACUAUUGCCAAACAUUAAUCCUCUCUGAUCCUCUCUCCUGUUUUGAGGAAUACAUGAGAAUGACAUUUCUAAUAAAAUUUCAUAAUUAACGUAUGACUUGAAAUGAGAUUUAUUUUUCAACCUCUAAUUCUUUUCUUCAUCAACUUGUCAAUAUUUGAUGUUGAUGGAUAACUGACUUUUUUCACAUCUUUCGAGGCAAGCCAAUUUAAAUCAACCUAGAAAACAUAUGCAAAAAUUCAAUCCCCAUUAUCAGACAUAAUUAAUGAGGUAGUCCUGAAUUGAUUUUUUGCUUUCCUCGUAAAGCAUAUCUUCCUCGGAUCGAUCUGGUAGAAAUUAUUAAUUGAAUCCUUAAUUACUUUGAACAAACUUAUCCUUUUAUAAAAAUUACUUUUUUUUCUUAAAGAAAAUCAUUUUCUGGAAACUUAAGAAUCAUUAAGGUUUACUUGUUAGAAAAUGAAUGGAUUGAAAAAAUAAAAAUAAAUAUAAGAUAAUCAAAAUAUAGAGGGGAUACGUGAACUAUAUAUUUAUAAAGGAGGAAGGUAACUUAGUUCAUGUGGGGUUGAGGGCUAUGAUUCAUGAGAUUUUUUGAGAGUAUGAUGAUUCUCACAUCUAUAUUAUAUAGUAUUAAAUUUUAUCUAAAAGGGGAGAGUGAUUUAGUUAGUUUUAAUUUUUAUUUUUUCAAUCUAUUUCAAUUCCAUACUUUCUAACAACCAAACAAGCUUAAUUUGUUUCCCUCUUUCUGCUUUGCUCUUCGAGGACUCAAUCUCUUGUCAGAACUACUUGCAGCAACAUGCUCCAGAUCAUGAUUGUCAGGGGAUUGGCUAAUGAGCGUUUAUGCCUUUUGCCCUUAUGGCUCUUUCCGGCGUCACAAGUCACAACAACAUGAACGUUUCGAGGGGGUUCUCUCUCUCCCAGCCUACCCGUGAAGGGAUCCACCGUCUCAAGUUGGCAAUAUCCUCUGCUAAUUUCUCGAUACCCUCCGAGUUGAACGAUCUGUCAAGAGCAGUCAAAGGCAAAACAAUCUCCAUCAUUCUCCCCAUAAAUACUCGAACCACUGUUGCAUUCCAAAUACUUAGGAAUCUCAGUGCCAAUGUGAGCUUCUGUCCCGCCGUCGGAGCUUCAAUGGACGUCGGAUUCGACGUCGACGUCGGCCCAGUGGGAGUGAGAGUAGGUAUGGCGAGGGACGAGAUUCCCAUCUUCGCUGAAAUUAACAAGACUUACGAGCAACACUUACGCUUUAUAGUGGAAGUGAUGAAAUUUCAGGGUCCUGGAGGUGGGCCAGCGAUGAUUAUUGGUGAAACUCAAGAUGCUGAGCUUUUAAUCCGUGAGGGUCUUAAAGCGGAAGACAUGUAUGACAAGACAAGAACCUUACCAGACCCUUCCUCAGCUGACAAUGUCAAGUCCGGGAUUGUUCUGAGCAUAAUAAAGGAUGUUUUGCAGACCGAUCCUAAAUUUUUCAGCAGGAUAAGUGACAGUCACCCUGAAUGAUUGCGGCAGAUUCCGAUUCAUUUUUCCUGUCGGCAGUGUUAGCCAGCAAGGAGUCGUCCUCAGGUGGUCACAAUGACCUGACCACUACUGUCACAGACCCCGAGGUCCCUACGUUGAACAGUUAUCGCUACGCUUUUCCUCAUGUACUUUUUGAAGCCGUCAAUGGGGUCGUUGCUGGGAAGAAAUUUAUGGUGUGGGCCUAUGGAGAUGGCGGCAAAAGGUGCACUCAUGCGCUGAUGCAAGCAGGAGCUGACGUGGCAGUAUAUGAGGAUGGCCACGUUCACUGGAGACCGGAGGGACCUGUCCUGAAGCUUGAGGAGGCCUUGCCUAAGAUCGACGUCUUUAUUUAUACCGCUCGUGAUGACAAGGAUAAUAAGAUCAUGUUUGACCAUGUGAGAAACAUGAAAAAGCUUGUUGUUCUUGUCAACAUAGAGGGCUCAGAUAAAGGGUUUGACAUGGAAGGAGUUUUGAGUUGUCCUGGCGUAGUGGGCCGCGAAACCAUGACGAGUGGGAUUGACAUACUUGACUUCCCUCGUAAUGAAAGAAGAGUAAUCGUGGUAGGUCAGGGAAAUCCCAUGAAAAUGGCUUGGGUACCCCAACACUCUAUUUUUGAUUCCCUUUUUGAUGCUGAGGCUUUCCUUUCUUUUGCGGGCUUCACAGCCGGGUCGACCCGAGAACAGGCAGCUGUUAGUUCAACUGGUGGAGUCGACACAACCCUUGCUCCAGCGGCUGAUAAUGAUGAUGAGAGGGAAUGGCUCUUGGUUCCUUGGCUGAUAAUAUAGCGUUAAUAUGGCAGCUUUAUUUGCUGGUCGCUGGGUUUUUCUUUUGGUUUUUGGAAUAAUGUCAAUAGUAAAUAGAUGAAAUGGGUCGGGCUAUCUGGUAUAGAGUUCAACUUUAAUUUUUGUCAUCGAUCUUUAAUCUUCUUUAUUAUUUUGUGUUAAAAGGGGAUCGGAGAAGAAUUUAAUUUGAUUAUGUUGGCUUAA